CCUAGCUCCGCCUCCAGCGGCGCUGCUGGGGCACCGGACUGAGGGGCUCCCCCUCAGCAGAGCCAGGCUGCGGCGCGAAGCCCGCAGUACUGCCGGCACUUUCUAGCGUGCACGUCCAGCCGUCCUUGCCCAUCGAGCCAUGGCAGCGGCAGCCCUCCUGCCUUGGGGCCUCCAGCUGAGGCUGCUGUUGCUGCUGCUGCUUUUGCUUCGGGCUGGUCCGGUGCGGCCGGACAGUAAGGUGUUCAGUGACCUGGACCAAGUGCGGAUGACGUCAGAGGGCUCUGACUGCCGCUGCAAAUGCAUUAUGCGACCGCUGAGCAAGGAUGCAUGCAGCCGGGUGCGAAGUGGACGCGCACGAGUAGAAGACUUCUACACUGUGGAGACGCUGAGUUCUGGGGCGGACUGCAGGUGCUCCUGCACGGCACCGCCCUCCUCACUCAACCCCUGUGAGAACGAGUGGAAGAUGGAGAAACUGAAGAAGCAGGCACCUGAGCUCCUCAAGCUGCAGUCAAUGGCGGAUCUCCUGGAGGGUGCCCUGUAUAGCAUGGAUCUGAUGAAAGUACAUGCCUACAUCCACAAGGUGGCCUCCCAGAUGAAUUCGCUGGAGGAGAGCAUCAAGGCCAACCUGAGCCGGGAGAAUGAGGUGGUGAAAGACAGCGUACGCCACCUCAGCGAGCAACUGAGGAGCUAUGAGAACCAGUCAGCCAUCAUGAUGGGCAUCAAGAAGGAGCUGUCCAGCCUGGGCCUCCAGUUGCUGCAGAGAGAUGCCGCCGCCGCCCCUGCCUCUGCCCCUGCCCCUGCCCCUGCCUCCACCCAGGACAGCAAAGCUCAGGACACAGCUGGAGGGCAAGGCAAAGAACUCAACAAAUAUGGCAGCUUACAGAAGAGCUUCUCAGACAAGGGCCUGGCAAAGCCUCCCAAGGAGAAACUGCUGAAGGCUGAGAAGCUGAGGAAGGAGAGCAUCAAGGGCAGAACACCCCACCCGACAGCCAGGCCCCGUGCCCUGGCCCAGCAGCAGGCAGUGAUCCGAGGCUUCACCUACUACAAGGCAGGCAGACAGGAGGCCAGGCAGGAAGCACCUAAGGCCGUGGCUGACAGCACCCUCAAGGGUACAUCCUGGCUGGAAAAGCUUCCACCCAAGAUGGAGGUCAAGCUUCUGGAACCUAACUCUGCCAAACAUGAUGAAGUCGGGCUGCAGGCUUCAGAAGGUAUCAACUCGGCCCCUGACACCAGCACUACCAGCACUACCAGCACUACCAGCCCCACCAGCACCAGCAGCACCAGCACCACCAGUACCACCACCAGCACCACCAGCACCACAACCCCUAUCACCACUCCCUGGCCCACUGAGCCACCUUUGCACCCAGAAGUCCCCAGCCAAGGUAGGGAGGACAGCUGUGAGGGCACCCUCCGAGCUGUGGACCCCCCUGUGAAGCAUCAUAGUUACGGGCGCCAUGAGGGUGCCUGGAUGAAGGAUCCUGCAGCUCUUGAUGACCGGAUCUACGUCACCAACUACUACUAUGGAAACAGCCUGGUGGAGUUUCGAAACCUGGAAAACUUCAAACAAGGCCGGUGGAGUAAUAUGUACAAGCUGCCCUACAACUGGAUAGGCACAGGCCAUGUUGUGUACCAGGGCGCCUUCUACUACAACCGUGCCUUCACCAAGAAUAUCAUCAAAUACGACCUACGCCAGCGCUUUGUGGCCUCCUGGGCCCUGCUGCCUGAUGUAGUCUAUGAGGACACCACACCCUGGAAGUGGCGUGGCCACUCGGACAUCGAUUUUGCUGUGGACGAGAGCGGCCUGUGGGUCAUCUACCCAGCCGUAGAUGAGCAAGAUGAAACCCAGCAUGAGGUGAUUGUGCUGAGCCGCCUGGACCCUGGAGACCUCUCUGUGCACCGGGAGACAACGUGGAAAACCCGGCUGAGGAGGAACUCCUAUGGGAACUGCUUCCUGGUGUGUGGCAUCCUGUACACUGUGGACACUUACAACCAGCAGGAAGGCCAGGUGGCCUAUGCCUUCGACACCCACACAGGCACUGAUGCUCACCCACAGUUACCUUUCCUCAAUGAGUAUUCCUAUACCACCCAGGUUGACUACAACCCCAAGGAGCGGGUGCUCUAUGCCUGGGACAAUGGCCACCAGCUCACCUACACCCUCCACUUUGUGGUCUGAGUGGGGACCUUU